GUAAAUUUUAAUUUUGAUUUUAUUUCAUUUAAAUUUGUAUGGAAAUUACUUUAAUGUGAUGAUCCUUGCAAGAGCUAUAAUUCAUACGUAAGAUGAAUUAUAGUCAAUUCAUUGAUUCAUUAACGUCGUCUCACCGUAGUUUGUUAUCCAAAUUAACAUCAGAUGGCCCAGAACAGCCACCAGGUUACCUAUAUAAUGAAUUAGUUGAAUAUAUACGAAAAGAUUUGUCAAAACUAAACGAAAUUGAAGAUUAUCUAAUUAAAAAGAUAACCCGAAGAGAACCUUAUAUUAAAGUAAAGUGUUUAAAAUUAUUAAAGCAUUUGUGUAUUAAAUUUCCUGAAGAUUUCAUAAGGCCGAAAAUUACUCAGUCUCAGCAGAUUCUUGAGUGCAAAAACUAUAGAGCUCCUUACUCCGAUUUCAAGUCCGAACAAUUAACAAAAUCAGUUAGGUCUGAGUUUGAAGAUCUCAUCAAGGUUGUUUGUUCGUACGAUUCUUCUUCAAAUAAUAGUUUCGGAUCAUCGGAAGAUAAGAUGGUUGGGUUCGGUAACAAGGAUUACAGUCAAUACAGCCAGCCUUCCAAUUAUAAUUCUGGUAAUUUCGGAUAUGGCUCAAAUCCUCCAAAUCAGUAUAAUCCGCAGUCUUCCAGAGGCAUGGGCGGAUAUGGAAACACCUCAAUGAUGGGAUUUGGAAACCCAAAUAUGCCCAAAACUCAACCUAGUCAGACCAGCUCUUUCUCUAUACCAAGUAGCCUUGCACCCACAGUUUCAGAGCUGAAAAACGCUGGAAACAGCGCCCUGAAGAUGAUUAGCCAUGCAGCAAAUAAGUACCUGCCAUCAGAUUUCGUUGAGAAGAUCGAGAAGGUAGGAAACGUAAUCUCAACUACAGCAACUGAGCAGUUUGAAAAGUACCUUGGAAACAAAACAUCACUAGGAAGAAGUAACUCAGCCAACUUAAAUAACUCAAUGUACAAUAGUAGGACUCAGUCAAAUUGUUCUAGCGGAUACGGCAGCGGAUUUGGCUAUAACUCCAAUCGGUCCAACGGUCCCCCAAUUUCUACCUAUAACCCCGGAGGAUAUUAUCCCCCUUCAUAUAAUUCUAGGCAGCCCAGUAGCGCUCGAUCUCCAAGUCAAGCUUUUGUUGCCUUUUCAAACCAGUCAAGUGUUAACACAGUUUUACAUAGUGUAUCAAGUGGUUCUUUCUCAAAUGCAAGUUCUUUAUCAGCCGUUAAUCCCUCAAGUGUACCAUCACUAGAUUUAUUCGGCAAUCAACAAUCCACGUCCUUUUCUAAUCCCGUUUCUUCACCCGCAUCUAAAGACAAGUUUACUCUUCCAGGAGAAGUGGAGUCAGCAUUCGUGAAGGAAAUGCUAACAUUUACUGGAAUAAAGGUGUCACCAUCACCCAGGUUAAUAGAGGAGUAUAUGGAAAGACUGAACCAUAUGGAUAAGGGUUUGGUGGUUGAUGAGCUCCUAAAGCAUCUGAAUGUCAGGUCCUCAAAGUGGCAGUACCACUUUAGGAUUCUAUGCAUUCUAGAGUCACUUGUUCUUAAGGGUAACUUGGACCAAAAGACCCUAAAUCACCUCGGAACAACAGCGGUGCCUAUCUUUGAGAAGUGUAAAGCUGAGACUCAACUUUCAAACAAAGCCUCAAAACUAAUUAAUCUGCUAACCACAGGCGGGAAUCUUGUUGAAAACAAAGUUACCGGUGGACCUAACAUCGAACCCUUGCUUAAAACUGACUCCUAUGAUAAAGAUACUCUCGUUUCAGAUGUUUCAGACGUGUUUAAGAAUGAUGCAAUGGGCUUGUUUACAGACAAAACAGGAUCAUUUUCAAAUGUAAGUCAAGGUGAUUUGAGUCCUAAAAAGGCUAAUUUUGAAACAUCCCAGUCCAAGGUGAAUGAGUUCGACUUAUUUUUUAACACUUCUGAUACCAAGUCAAGUCUUAAAUCAUCGGAUUCAGCCAGCUUUGGUCUGACUGCUCCAACCUCAAACUUGUCAAAUCAGGAACUCAAUAAUGACCUGUUGGGACUCGACCUUUCAUUAGACAAGCCAAAGCCAAACUUAAAACCCGAUAACUCAACCCUAAAUCCUACUGUCAGCAACAUUGAUAACAAUCUGGACCUGUUUGAUAACGUCGAUCUCUCAAACAUCCUGGACAAGAAAACAGACUCUUUCGACUUUUUGAAAAACAAUAAACAAGAUAACUUCGAUCUAAUAUAGUAAAAUUUAUA